AUGUCUUCCUCCGAGCCUCUCCACACUUACCACCGUCGCUCCAAAUCAAAAUCCACUGACAGGGUGGAUUUCAAUCCGUCAAUUCCUAGGGUUCCUCGAACCCGUUCUUCUUCCUCUGUUCCUGUUGGAGAUUCUUCUCCUUUUGUGUCUAAUGAGGCUGCCUCCUUCUUUAAUGAGGUUGUCUCAAAGAGAAAAUUCAUUCCUGAGAGGACUUACCAGUUUGAUGCAGUUCCCUUGGCGGCUCAGGAGUCUGCAAAUCAGAUUUUGGAGCACUACCACCUUCAAGCCCUAAAUUCUCUCUCUAGUAAGUUUAACAUCCCUGUUGUUCAAGAAUUUUACUCUAACUUUCCUGCUGACCCUAAGGAGUCCAAGUAUCAGAUUUUGGUUAGGUCAGUACCCAUUACUCUGAAACCAUCUGUUAUCAAUCGGGUCUUAGGUUUUCGAUCAUGCCCUGGUUUUGAUUUUGCAAAAUUUGCUCUUGCUUCUGCUGAAUACUCUGUUGAUCUUUUUAAAUCCAUGGCAUACACUGAUCAAUCCUUGCCUUUGACCUCUAAAGGUCUGCCUAUCAAGUCUUACCUGUCCCCUUUUUAUAAAUUUUUGUGGGAUUUUAUCCGUCAUAAUGUUCUCCCCACUGGGAACAAUUCUAAUCCCACUCUUGCUGCCUGCCAACUCAUGAUAUCCAUGGUGAAUCAUGAUAAAAUUCCCCUUGGUGAUAUCCUAUAUAAUGCCAUUCUUGGGAAAACCAUUGGUCAUGGUACCAAGCACAAGGGGACUCUUGUGUUCCCCUGUCUGAUUCAGCGCCUUUGCCUCUGCUGCCCUUAG